AUGAUAAUUUAUUUAUUAUUUGGAUUUAUUGUGUUAACCUAUGGUCUGCACACACGUAUCCAACACUACCCGUCGGUAACAGAAGACAACUGUGGUAUCAAUAGUCAGUCACUGUUGAUGAGCGGACACUGUCUUAAGUGGUCAUCAAAUAUGACGACUAAUGUUCAAAACGGACGGUUAGCUCAACCGUUUGAGUGGCCGUGGAUUGCAUUCAUUGAUAUAUACAAAACAUUUUGGGGUUUCAAAUAUGACAGGUUUUGGUGUACAGGAGUUAUAUUGAAUAGAAAUUGGAUUAUAACAGCAGCACAUUGUUUAGAAUCCGAUUACACAAUAAAUGUACGACUAGUUCAAGACUAUAGUCAACAAAGUCAUUCAUACGGUGUGGAUAUGUAUGUUAUUCAUCCCAAUUAUACGGCAUUAAGUCAUACUGUCGGCCUUCGAGAUGGAUAUGACAUCGCAUUAUUGAAAUUGGAUUCACAGAUAUUGAUGACACAGUCGACGGGUGGGUAUCCGACAGUUAAUGCCAUUUGUUUGCCCGACAGAGACAUUGUUAACACCGAUAAAGAGUUGGCAGUGUUUGCCGGUUUCGGUGAUAUCAACGAUAAUAUCGAUAAUUCGGGUCCACUGAGAACGGGUUGGUUUCGUAUGACUGAAUCGUUUGAUAAUCCUAUGGAUCGUUGGACUUAUUUAAUUAGAUGCGAAAGAUUUCCAAUAAAUAAGGGAACGGCUGCUUGUAUUGGUGAUUCGGGUGGUCCAUUGGUUCAGUAUGCAGUUGAAUACAAUGGUACAAAUCGUUUAGGACGGGCCGUACUAAUUGGUUUAAAUAAGGGUAUGAAUCCGGAAGCGAUUACCUGUCCGUCCAAAUUUGACGGUACUAUCAAUGUAUUUGUUCGCAUAUCCAAACAUAUCGAUUGGAUUAUCAAUACAGUGGUGACUAAUACAUAG